UAAACCUAGUCGAAGAAGUGCCUCACUGUACUUGCGGGUUUUCACGAUUACAGAAGAUAAAGUUGGACGCAAGAAUGUAUACAACAGCGUGCUUCAAAUAACAAGUGACUGUGGAGGAUUUCAUAAAUAUUGGCUAGUAGGCUGGAGAGCAGGUAGCAAUCUAACUAGCUAAAACAGCAGUCUAACGUUCGCUGGCUUGAUAAAACAGUCCAUUAACUUUACCUAGCUACCUGCCACAUUAUCUAUCCAGCUGCAAGAUAUUGUGCAAAGCUCAGUCAGCGUUUCGUCUUGCGACACAAAAAGGGAACAUCAUGGACAAGGCAGAUUUCUUAAAGGGUCUCCCUGUUUACAACAAGAGCAAUUUCAGCCUGUUCCAUGCAGACCCUGUGUGCAAAGCAUCGAACCGAAGACCGUCUGUGUACCUCCCGACAUGCGAGUACCCCUCAGAACAGAUCAUUGUCACGGAGAAAACAAAUAUCCUCCUUCGCUACCUUCACCAACAGUGGGACAAAAAGAAUGCAGCGAAGAAGAGGGAACAGGAUCAAGGAGAGGGAGGGAGUCCAGCACCUCCACACAAAAUUGCAAGGACAGAUAGCCAAGAGAUGAACGAGGACUCUUAGGAGUGUGUGUGUGCAUCUGGAGGAAGUACAUGACUAUAAAGACAUACGAGACACUCACACUUUGUCAAACAACCUGAGAAAAUGUUCACCCUGGUUUGGGAAAAUGAAAAGUGGCUUUUUUUGUUACCUUCAAAGAGUUUCCUGCCUUGUCUAGUGCCCUGUUUUCAGAUUCACUCCCUAGCCCUGACCACAUGGGGCACUGCAACAUCUUUCCACACAGUUUGCAGACCCAAUACACUGAACUUCUGCCUGCCACAGCAGGGGAGGACCCGAGGAUGUAUAUAAACUCUGGUUUGAUGAUGCAAUGUAUUGGCCGUUGAGAGGCUUUGAAGCCACUGGUCGGCCAUAUUGGCACUCCAGUAGGAGCAGUCCGCCGUAGGAAUUAAUGGAAUUCAACAGUAUUUCAAUUAAAUGUUUGAAGAACAAAAUUACAUGCAUUUAAUUUCAGUAACCCUAGUACUCACAAAAAAUAAACAUUUAAUGUUUAGCUCACAUAAUUUAAAAGUAUGUAUUAGUGUCUAAUAGACUAAGUGUCAAAAACGAAUGUGGCUUCCAAUCUUUUUAUUUUUUUUAUUUUUUUACAAUGGAGGAUUACCAAGAUGGCUGUGCUGAGGCUUCAAUACAGUGUCCCCUGUCAGUCAUCCAGGGUUUAUACACAUCAUUGGGAAGAACCCUCCCCCUGGACUUAAUGUUCAACGUGCAUUAUCUUCCAUUCUGCUCUGGAUUUGUUUCUGUUGAAGUCUGUUGCUUUGUUUUACUGUCAAUUUCAGUUCUGAGAUGUUAACUAGGACAAGUCAGUUAAGAACAAAUUUUUAUUUACAAUGAUGGCCAAACCCGGACGAUGCUGGGACAAUUGUGCGCCGCCCUAUGGGACUCCCAAUCACGACUGGAUGUGAUUCAGCCUAGAUGACAAGUGACUCAACAGUAUACUCGCUUAGUUUGAAUUCCCUGUUAAACAAAAAGGAUAAUAUGUCAAGCCAAAGUGUUGACUACUCAGUUUGCUAGAAUUGCUUUUCAAUUUGUUUAUACGGCAAUCGAUGGACCCAUUAGGUAUUUUAAACUCAAAAGUUAUAGCACCGGUAGAACAAAGAAUAGUAGCCUACAUCAAUGAGGGGAAGAGAGAAAGUUGUAUUCAGUAUGAAGACCUACAGUGCCUCCUGAAAGUACACACCCAUUGCACAUUCUUCACAUUUUUGCUGCCUUAGAAUUAAAUCUUAAAAGGAAUGAAAUUAGAUUUUUUUUUCUCCACCUUGUAGAUCGGUUGAAAAAUAAUCAAAUGUAGUCCUGUGUUGUCUUUCAUUUUUUUUUAUAUAGCAAAAUGUGAAGACUGCAACUUGUAUGUAAAUAUAAUAGCCAGUGCCAGCUGUUAGAUAUUAAGGUCUUGGCUUGAUAUUUAUCAAAAUAAAUUACUUUGAAUCUG